AGAACAUCUGGGCCCGAGCCGCGCGGCUUGGGCCCUCCAGCCUCUGUCGAGCCAUCGAGAUGUUCGCCACUCUGGCCUAACGAAGAGUCUCGUUUCUGAGGGCCUGUCCCUAAGAUUGUCCUCGCCUUUUGCUCGCCCAUCUUAGGGAUAGGGACACGUUCGAGGCUGGUUAUUCCACGCGCGCACAUGGCGGCCCGCGGCGCGAGGCGUGGAGCCCUCCGCGCGUGCGCGUGCCUGGGCCUGCUCUCGGGCGCGGCCGGGCUCCCCGCGCGGCCGGCGGCGGCGCCUCCGUCCGCCGCUCGCGCGCCGCGCGCGCCCGCGGGCCCGCGCGGAGACAACAUCGGACAUCGGGCCACCAGCUGUCGCCAGCGAGUGCACCGCGUGCGGGCGACGCCUCAACGGGUGCUGCCGCGGGUGAGCGCGGGAGCUCGCGCCGAGGCCCGGGGGACAAUCUGUGCAUGGAGGGACACCUCGUGCCGGAGCUGUUCUUCUUCUUUCCCUGCCAUCGGGGCGCCUAAGGCGAGCACGACCACGUUCGCGCGCAGCUUCCGGGACAGCGCGGGCGUCUACUUGGCUCGGCUGCCUUUUAAGAAGAAGGCGGGAGGAUUAUCCAAGGAGGUGUAUUUCUUUGAUGAGCUCGCGGAAGACCGGGCUCUGAGCCUCCAGAAGAAGGGUGCGUGGCUGGAGUUUUACCCUCGUUGCCUCGAAGAGCGCGCGGUUUCGACCGAUAUGACGCCGUCGUACCUCCGCAAUACCUGGAGCGCGGGAAAGAUCGCAGAGUACUACGGGGACCUGAAAUCGAAGCCAGUGUUUGUAGUGCUGCUGAGGGAACCCGUUGGGCGUGCCCAGUCUCAUUUCAACCAAAUGGAGGAGUUGGGAACUGGCCUUCUGCCAAAGGGGCUCACCUUUAGUGGAUUCGUCACUAGGUACUUGCAGAAUGGGUACGACACAGAAAAAAAGUUAAUGUGGUGCGGCCAGUACGCCAAACAGUUGAGAGUUUGGUUUCAGCGAUUUCAUUCUUCACAGUUUUGGAUCUGUCCCAUGAAAUACCACGUCGAUCCGCACCGCUUCGGUAUCGUGCCAGAUCUCACUAGCACGUUUGUGCGGUGGCGGAUCUGGGCCUUCCGCGUGGCCAGCCUUUGCCGGGGUUGCACCUGAACAGUCACAAGCAUCGCAGCCUCGAGAUGGACUUGGACAAGGACCAGGGAAGACCUCCUCGCCCGCGUGCGGUCCAACCUCAGCAGCGUCCUCCCUGACCUGGCGGCAUUGCUGGCGGCCUCUAGGGCAAGGCUCUUCGGGUACACGGGGGCGGCCGGCGACGAGCUGGCCGUUCGACGGUGGAUUGCUGGUGGCUGGUGAGCGUGAGGGGGCCCGGGGGAGGGCCCUUUCCAAUUCGGCAGGCAACAGCCGCCGAGCAGGAGAAGGGGACGGGAAGAGGAGAAACAUGCCGCCAGUAGGCAAAGCCUGUUGCGAUCACGACGUGCCGUUUCGUUGUUGCGAGGUGCCUUGUUUUUGGCCGCCAUGUUUCGGUGCUUGUUGUAAUGUAUAUUCAACCAAGGCAAAUAUGUUUGAAUCCCUUUCUCUCAUAAGCCGUACGCGGAAAGGUGCGUAGACGCAACUCAAGCAUGCAAUGCGGGUUCACGUUGGGCUUGCUGCCUGAUUCGCUGCAUGCUUUCUCUUAUCACAGCAGCGUGUUUGGCGACCUGCCCAACCCAGUCGUUUCUCUUGGCUAAUCAUCUCUGUGGCAAAUAAUCUCUGUUGCCAACGUGAGCGUGCCAGGGAUGAAAGUGCGCUUCUUCAAUUCGUCUCCCUCAAAUGUACUCACGCAUCUCCCGUACAGUAGCACUUGAUGUUUACUGUGCUUUUCCAGUUGCCCUCCUCAUCUGUUUGACUCUUGGCUGUUGCAAAC